UCUCAAAAUUUCUCUUCUCACAAUGUCGUUGCCCCGGAACUUCGUCGCCAAAGUUAUGGGAGGCGCCAUGGCUGCGUUCACAACGAAGCUCUUCGUAGGAGUUUUCGUUGAGAACCAAGAGAUUAAGGAUAAGCAUGAGCUACUCCACGAGCUCGAGGAAGCAGGAGCCUUCUUCGUCGUGCCUCCUACCUUCUUCGCUAAACCGCGACCACCGUUUCGCUCGUGGUUUCGUGGCGCUCGGGAGCCUUCACCGUACUCGAGUCGUUCGUCUCUUUGGUCGACUCGCACGUCUUCUCUUUCCGACCUCGUUUCGCCUCCCGUUUUCUCACCCGCCUCUGCUCCUACGCCUGCACCACCUCUCGUUCUCGCACCCACCCCUGCUUCUACACCCACCUCUGCCUCUGCACCCGCCUCUGCUCCUGUGUCUGCACCACUUCUCGUUCUCGCACCCACCCCUGCUGCUGCACCAGACCUUGCUCCCGCGCUCGCACCCACCCCCGCUUCUGCACGCGCCCCCGCUUCUGCACGCGCCCCCGCUUCUGCACGCGCCCCCGCUUCUGCACCCGCCCUCGAGCCCGUACCCGCUCCCCCUCUCGCGCCCGCUUCUACCCCUGUUUCCGGUCUCACUUCCGCCCCCGCUCCCGCUCACGCCCCUGUUUCCUCCCCACCUGCCCCAGUCGUUUCCGGAUAGACUCAGUUUACUUUCUUUAUUUCAUUUCAUUCUUUCUAUGAUUUUCUAUUUUUUUUAGAGUAUUGAUGUUUCUUUUUUUGUAUAUUUCAUAGUGUCUAGAAUAGAAAAUGUAUUGAGUUCAAUUCAUAUAAAAGUAAAAAAGUUCGAUUUACA